AUGAAGUUUUGGCUCGCCCUUCUUGCCCUUGAGCUCGGGACCAGCUCGGCAUGGAUCCUUCGCGACGUUACCCACUACAAUGUCUGGCAAGGCACUGGUGCCCUCAGCUGCAAGCCGCUUUAUAUUCCUCAAGGCUCCAAAAUCGAGUGGACUGGAUCGAAUGGGGCCCAGACGGUGCAGCUCUUUGAUACCCAGCGACGCUGUUCUAGCACUUCUCGGACUAUUUCUGGGACGGGAACGAUCAAUGCGUCAAAGAAUUACUAUGGUUUGGCUGUUAAAAUUCGGGAGUGA